AUGCAAACCCCUAGACCUGAUCGAGCCAGCGGGCUUGCUAAAUUUUGGUACGUGCGUAGAGAAGUGAAAAGAAAGAUGAGCCAUAACUUGGAAACAAGGUCAUUACUUGAUGAAAUCCGUCACUUUGAUAAAUGUUGCUUCUUCGACUUUGGUCACCCUCUCCUUAACCGUAUUGCGGAGAGCUUUGUCAAAUCCGCUGGGAUUGGAGCAAUUCAGGCGGUGUCACGGGAGGCUUAUUUCACAGCCAUUGAAGGUGCAGAGUCAAAUGGUGGUGUUCCACGGGAGAUUUCUGUUGAUGGCAAGAAGCGCCAUCGUUUCCCUGACCUCAGAGGUGAAACCAACAGAAAAUCUCUUGAAGCCUUGGUAAGGAACACCGGAAAAGAAUCUUUACAAUGGGGACUCGCAGCAGGUGUGUAUUCUGGUCUCACUUAUGGACUAAGGGAGGCUCGUGGAGUUCAUGAUUGGAAAAACAGUGCAGUGGCCGGAGCAAUAACAGGUGUGGCACUGGCACUCACAACCGACGCUAAAUCCCAUGAGCAGAUUGUGCAAUGUGCUAUCACCGGAGCUGCCAUCUCCACUGCUGCAAAUCUUCUUACAGGGAUAUUCUAA